GAAUUUAAUUACAUCCAAUCACGGCUCUUAAUAUCGGCUUUAUCACAGUCCGAUAAAGAAUAUAAUCGCUUAAAUUUCCUUCUCCUAAUAAGACAUUUUAUCGUUCGAGACGGAAGUGGCAUAAAAAUAGGAUUGCCAACAAAAUUCAGUGACGUCACAGGCAUGGAUGUGGUCUUCUAAAAUUACAUGAGAUCAAAAAAAAAACAAUUUCACGACGUGCGAACUGGAUUUUGGCGAGAAAUAAAAUAUUGAAGUGUUUGUUUCGGUGAACGGCGCGUGUGAAGUAUAAAACGAACGUUAUUAAAUGGUUUUACAGUGAAUUUCAAGACAGUUGUUCGUUUUGGUUGCUUCGGAUACAAAAAUAUAUAUUUAUAUUUUCCGAGCCACCAUGCAAAAAGCACCCACCUCCAAGUUCAAACACUAGAAUGUGAAUACACCCGCCGCCAAAAUGCCUGUCGUCUCGCCUUAUAUAAACAGCAGCUCCACUCUGUCCGGAUCCUACCGGUCCACCCUCACAUCCUCAUCCAGCCUCGACAAGCCUUACUUCAGAUCCAGUAGCAGCAGCACCUAUUCAUCAUCCACCUUAAGAAACUCCUACGGCGACCGAACCACAGAAUAUAGAAGUAGAUACUCCGAUGUCGACGGUAAAAGGGAGAGGAAAAGUUCCCUAGUGGAAUAUUCUAGGAAUUCUCGAGCGCCCAGCGUCACAGAUUCGGACAGUGGCGUGUCUACUAGAUUCAGAUCGGACAGAAGCGAGUCUAGAGGCAGGGAUGUUUCCACAACUAGAAGCGAAAGCAGCAAAGUUGAGCGCCCGAAAAGGAACUUCCCAACGUCUGCCGCUUUGGCGAUGUCCACGGCUGAACUGUAUAACAAAUACUCACCGGCGAACUAUAUUCCGUACACGCAAAGGAUACAGCAGCAACAGAAUGAGAUAGCGAGAUCCAAGUCGAUAUCGAGCGAUAUCGGGCGACCGCCGGCGUCUGACGGCUCCAGGUUGAGGAAGCCUAGGAACUCCGCAGCCACAAUUAUCGAGAGGCCCGAAGGCAGGCGGUUUUACAAAGAAAGCUCACCCACAACCAGCUACGGGAAAAGAAACUCUAUGACCAAUGGAAAUAAGGACAGCAAUGGCAAUGAGGUACCCUCAGUUUCUGAGAUACGAAAGCGUUUCGAUCCAAAAAUGACAGUAACGAAACUGCCAGCGAACGACUCACGAUACUCCAAAACGGUCGAUCAUUAUCUAAACCAGCUUAAAGACGUGGAGAACGGCACAGGGUACACUAAAGUCGUCCCGAAGGACGAAAAGCCAGUGCCAGUCCACUCUUAUGAGAAAAACGGCUUUAACAAAUGGGAUUCUUCCAGUUCACGAUCAAACUCAAACUCAGACUUAUCAUUAUCUAAAACCAUAUCAGAACCGACAUCAUUAGCGAAGCCUGCGGUCGAGAAAAACGGCAUGUCAACAUCAUUAACAAUCAAGCUACCGUACGACCGGAUAGCUAGCAUCAAAUCUCAGUUAGACCCUAACAAUCCCAUAGGAAAGAUUCUAGAAAAAUCAACAGUCAUACAUGUAGAGAACGGGGACGAUGACCGCCUGAAGCGGAACAGUCCUGAAAUAACACCAAAGUUGAAAGAAAUUAAGAACGAUAUAGAGAAACAAGUAAAAGCACCGCACACAUCUAACUUUGCUUCGUAUAUACAGAUCUCACAGCCUAUAGCGUCAGGGACAGCCAAGAAAGAAGAAGAGGAGCCUAGGAAAUCCAAACCCAGUUUGAAAUACAUAGAUUCUGAAGAAGAUAGAUUAGUGCUUGAUAAUGAUAUAGACUCCCCGAGUGGUACAGGUUUUGAGAACAAAACUUUUGAACACGAAAAUUUCCUUAAAAAGCGGAGUGAAAAUCUUGAAAGUGAAAUAGAAGAUGGUGUUAAAUCCAUGGAAACUAGUACGGAGAGUACUGUUAGUGAACCCACAGAAGAUUCUAGUCCUGAUACUCCUUCUUCUAGAAGAAAGAUCUUGGACGCGAAGGAUAUUGAAGAUAUCAAAGCGGAAUUAGCGGGUGGGAAGAGCGGGGCUAGCGGGCUGCGGCGCAGCACCGAGAGGGAGCGAGACACCAUAAGCGAGAGCCGCGAGAAGUCGCAGGUUAGCGGUCUAAACGGACUCCGCAACAUCGGCAACACCUGCUUCAUGAACAGCGUCAUCCAAUGCUUGUCUAACACCAAGCCCCUGCUGGAAUACCUGGACCAGGAGCAGUAUACAUCGGACAUCAACACCACACUCUCCUGCAUGAAAGGCGCGCUCAUAAAAGCGUUCGCGUCAGUGAUCAAAGAGUUAUGGGAGCCGGGCUCGCGUGACGCCGUGGUCAACACCACCUCCUUCAAGUCGCAAGUGCAGCGGUUCGCGCCCAGGUUCAUGGGCUACAGCCAGCAGGACGCCCAGGAGUUCCUCCGCUAUCUGCUGGAGGGUCUCCACGAGGACGUGAACCGCGUCACCGUCAAGCCGAAGCCGAUCCUCACGGAAAUCGACGACAGCCUCAGCGAUUCAGCCAAGGCCCAAGAGGCGUGGCAGCGCUACCUGCGUAUGGAAGACAGCAGAGUAGGCGACAUCUUCGUCGGCCAGCUCAAGUCCACGCUCCGCUGUACGCACUGCAAGGCUGACUCCGUCACUUUCGACCCAUUCUGGGACCUUAGCUUGCCGAUCCCGUCGCGGACGGGCAACCUCAAGCUGCAGCAGUGUCUGCAGCACUUCACCAAGGAAGAGGAGCUGGACGGAGACGAGAAACCGACAUGUUCGCGGUGCGGCGUGCGGCGCAAGUGUCUCAAGUGGUUCACUGUACACAAGUUCCCUCAGGUGCUGGUGCUGCAUCUCAAGCGGUUCUCACCAACGGAGCGUUUCCGCGGCAAACUGAACGUCGUGGUGGAGUUCCCUCUGACAGGUCUAGACAUGUCGCCGUACGCCGCCAGCAAGUCGCAACAGGCCGUCUACAACCUGUACGCGGUCAGCAACCACUCAGGCACGACCUACUCUGGGCACUACACGGCGUACUGCAAGCACCCCUACACGGGCGACUGGCACGAAUACAACGACUCGAGAGUGACUCCAAUCAACCCCCGCAACGUGGUGUCGUCGGAGGCCUACGUGCUGUUCUACGAGCUGGCCCGCUCCUAGUGUACGCCAGUCAACACCGGCCAAUAGCCCAGUCAACGAGGCCGUCUUGGAUCACUAUUCAUAGACCAGGAAUCCUCUAGACGGAGUUUAGAGCAAUUAUUUCACGACUGCCAAAAAUACAGGGUUGCGGGGGACGAGGUGAGCGGGUCCCGUGUCGUGAUUGGUCCGUUCAAAGACACGGACGUCACAUAAAGACACUUGACUCGAAAAUGGAGUAAAGCUACCGUAUAUUUGUGGCAGAGGGGGUAGCGCUACUAUGCUCAGUCUGGAGGAUGUCUUGUCUGUGUCACUAUUGCUCCGUCCUUUAGUCAUCAUGAUACAGAGUAAACCUACAGGAUUAUAAGGAUUUAAUAUCAAAUGUUUGCUAGAUUUGACAAACGUUUAUAAAUUAUAAAUAACGCCAUGUAACAUUAUUUCAGAAUUUGUUUAUAUUAAGCUUGGAAUAAAUUUAAAAGUAGAAAAAUUACUAUCUUGGGUGAGACUUGAACUCACGGCCUCUGGAUCUGGAGUUCAAGUCUCACCCAAGACAGUAAUUUUUUCCACUUUUAAAUUUAUUCUAAGCUUAAUAGCAUCGUUCGCAGACGUUUCUGCUUGUUCAAAAUUAAAAUUUGUUUAUAUUGAAAUAAAAUCUGAAAAUCACCUUUAUAUGGACCUGAAUCAUUUUUAUAUUUACUAAAUUAUUUACUAUUUUUUUCCUAUUUUUACCAGAAUUAAGGCAUCGUUACACAGGCGCGUUUUCCGGGAGGGGCGUGAGCGGGGCGCGCCGCUUUUACAUAUAACAUGCUCACGCCCCGCCCGGGAAACGCGCCUGUGUGACGGAACCUUUAUUUUUUUUACUGCUGAUAUUUGUUUAAACUUGUAUUUAUUAUAUCUAACACCACAUUAAACCCAUAUUAUACAGCUUAGAUCAUGUAUUAUCUCGGACGUUAUAAAUAGUGGCGAAAACACCUCGUUGACUGGAGUAAAAAGAAGCUGUUUCAAAUAAACUAAAAACAAUAUAAAGUACUUACGUGAAAUAGUCCACUGAAUAUUGUUAUCAAAAUGUUUCGAGUUUGACCAAGCUAAAUAUGCAUGACAUUUGUAAUUAUUGUAAUUACAAUGUGUGGCGAUGUCAUCAUUAACACAUUCAUUGCCAUUAAAUGCUACGGGUUACGCUCGUAGCGCGUAGCCACGUUUUCGCCGUAUGUAGCGCGUAGUCGCUACGAAAAGUGUACCCGACUGUCGGGUACUUAGCCCUGAAUGUUUUAAUGUCAAAUUUCUAUAAAAAGAUGGCGUUAAUGACACUUCCUCACAUUGUAAAGUUGUUAAACUUGGACGGAGUAUUAAAUAGUUUUUUUUUUGAAACAGCUUCAUAAAUCAUACAAUUAUGAUGCAGUUAAAAUGGAUAACUUUAUGAGAAACGAGCAAUUUCCGUUGUAUUAGGAACUAAGGCGUUGUCAACUUAUAUUUUCGUACGAAAUAUAUUGUAAUAUUCAUAGUUUGGUAUCAAUUAUUUUUUAGCAUUUAAUAACAUUAUAUUAGAGAACAUAAAAUUAUACAUUGAUACGAUAAAUGUGGCUCUCCACAGCAAAAGGGUCCCUGCUUCAUGUGGAAAAAGGACCUUUCUAUCAGAAUUUCUGUUGGAAUUUUAUAUAAAAAUUACCUUAUUGCACUUAGACUAAGGAGCCUUUUGUAAUGGAAAGCCACAAAUAAAUAAAAGAAGACAUUCAUUUCGUUGGGUUUUAAUACGGACGCCUGCAGGCUACGGUGUCCGCUUACCAUCAAACGGCCCGUACUCUAAUUUGCCACAUAAAAACUAAAAAUUGCUCGUUUUAGCCAUCUUGCCUCUAAACUGCAAACUUUAGUUUUAAAUAGAAAUAAGAUAAAAUUAAAAAGAGUGGACAAAAUACUAUAGAGAUUUCUUUUUUUCAUAGACCAGUUAACAAUAAGGACUAGUAUACGAAGUUGCGUUUAUUCUUGUUAAAAAGGCGUUGUCUCAGUUCCAUAUAUUUUGUAUGGACCUAUGAGCUACGCAGUAAUAAUUAUAACGCCAUCGCUAGUUAUCAAAUGUGACGUUCCGCGGGAAAGGAUACCUUAUGGCGGUCGGCGCUUAAGACACGAAGCACCGCAUUUAGUAUUGGAGCGUCGCUGUAGGUACCUUUACCCGUGGAUUAUCACAAAUGGUGUUAUUGACGGUCUGUUCUUAACUGGUCUCUGGUUAUAGUAUACAGACGCGUUAACGUUGUAAAUUGCGUCCUUAUGUACAUAUGAGUGUAUAUGCUUAUUUAAUUAUUAAUAUAUAAAAUGAUAAAUAUAAAAAUAAUUUAUUAAACUA